AAAACGUAUCCCGGGUCUGUCUGCAGUCUAGUAGAUUCUGCACUUAAGGAAUCUGGCACCUGGAAUAUGAAAAUUGUGUCCUGGAACAUAAACGGACUUCGGGCUUGGAUCAAAAACGGUGGUUUAGCUUAUGUUACCGAAGAAGCCCCAGACGUCAUGGGUAUUCAAGAAAUCAAAUGCGCUGGGAAAGAUAUCCCACCUGCUGCCAGCGCUGCAGGAUAUAUUCCGUAUUGGUAUUCUGCCCAGAAGCCAGGCUACUCAGGAACUGGUCUUUACAGCAAAGUUAAACCAAUCAAGGUGACUUAUGGCCUUGGAAAACCCAAGCACGAUAAUGAAGGUCGUAUUAUAACGGCAGAAUACGACCAAUUCUUUCUCCUUAAUGCAUAUGUACCAAACUCCGGUCAAGGCUUGGUCCGCCUCGACUAUAGGACGAAGGAAUGGAACGAAGAACUUUGCAGUUACAUAAAAGCGCUUGACGGGACGAAGCCCGUCAUCUUGAUCGGUGAUCUCAACGUUUCGCACCAGGAAAUCGAUCUCGCAAACCCCGCUGGGAACCAUAGAAGCGCCGGUUUUACCGACGAGGAACGCCAGGGUUUCUCCGAGAUGCUAGAGAACUGUGAUAUGGUGGAUACAUACCGACACCUCUAUCCUGACCGCUCAAAGGCGUAUACGUACUGGAGUGCUCGUCACAAUGCACGUAAAUCUAACUCGGGGCGUUUGGAUUAUUUUGUCGUCUCGCGCCGCUUUCUUCCCCACGUGGUUGACCAGGAGAUCCGCUGCGGAGUUCUCGGUAGCGAUCACUGCCCUUUGGUUUUGUAUUUAAAGUUGUAA